ACCAACAUGGCGUCGACUCCAAAUCCUGAAACAAGAUCACCUCUUACAUUACUAAAAGGCUUGCCCAAAGAACACGAAAAAGCUAUAAAACAAGCAUUUUACAAUACAGCAGCAAAUGUUUUCUUAUUACUCGCUUGUGCAGCAGCGAUCGCUGUUUAUUUUAUCCUAGAAGCAUUCUUGAAACCUUUACUUUGGGCUGUUUUAUGUGGGUCCUUUUUGUACCCAUUCAAAAGCACUCUGACAAAAACAUUAAGAAACUGGUUAAAUAAUCUUCACCAGUCUGAAACCCCAUUUCUUGUUGGGGUUGUGAUAACGCCGAUUAAAUGUGCUGAUAAUGCAAUAGACACUGUAUGCAAUGCCAUAUUUUCAAGAAAAAAGCUUGUUGUUGGCAUUUGCUUAAGUAUAACAGCUGCCUAUGUGCUGUGGCAUUUCGGCCCAUUAUGGGGAAUCUUUUUCUUCAUAAAAGGAAUCCUAAUAGGCAUUUACGAUGUCCUAGAAUAUUUCGGAAGCUUCUGGAUAUGGACGAUAUUUGGAGCAUACUUGGUAGCUAUAGUGUUCUUCUGGCGGGAACAGACCAAGGAUAUCCUACGGUACAUGUCCAUACCAAUGUGGAUCAUUGUCAUCUUUCAUCUGGCAGCUACAGCAGGAGUGCUACGUGUGCCCCUGUUUUUCCUGAUGGCAGUUGGCGUCGUUGUUGGUUUGAUGGCAGAGAAAAACGAGAUCAAACGACAAGAGGAACAUGGACCUGAUCCAAACAGAAAGUCAGUGUUUGAGUCAGCCCUGAAGGUACUGAUGGGGGAAACUCCAGCGGAGGACCCACAAGACCUUGCCAGCCAAUCAGAAGACUCUGCUGAAAAGAGGCAAACACCAGAAAUUGAGACUUUUGGAACACCAUCUCCAUCAUCCACAGAAGAAAUCCAACCCAAGCCGGAAAUCUGCAAACCAAGGAGCCUUAAUGUCCAACCAGACAUUCUACGUAGACCACGUCAAAAACACAGCAACCUUGCAAGCACACCCACUGAACCUGCCACACCUAAGAAAUCCCUGAGUGACCAGUGCUUUGUAGGGUUAUUCUGGGCCCUCGUACUGACCAGAGUAUGGUUACAUGUCUGGGUUGUUGCUUUCCUUCUGCCCAUACCAGUUGCCAUAUGGGCUGUCAAGAAAUUGAGUCUUAAACUUGGUAGCGCUGAGGGGCCUCUAGGAGACAAGGUGAAGAUAGUUCGCAGGGGCCUGGCGGAGUGGAUUAGGGACCGCAAGGAUGUAGUUAUGCCCCAGUGGCUCAGAGGUGUUGCUCGUAUUGUCAUGAAAGGUGAUCAGAAGAUAAUCAUGAUCCUGGAGUCCUCCCUCGACAAAACCACCAGCAUCCUGUUCAUCCUCCUUCUCCUGGUCGGCAGUACGCUGUUUGGUAUCUUCUUUGCUAUCCAGGUUCAGCAGGAGAGUAUGUACCUGGUGAAGACAACCAGUAACCUGCUGAACAACACGCUGCAUCCGGAAAUGGCCAGUUGGCUGCCUAACAAUGAGGAUGUACAACAGGCAAUGGACUCGAUGGUUGGGAAUGCCUACCUGUACGGACGCAACUACAUCGCAGCUAAGGUUCGAGAUAUGGUUAACGGCCCAGCAGACAACAACACUCACAUUGAGACACAAGUUCUCGACAUGUGGGACAGACUCUAUGAAAGCUGGCUUGCCAGGUUUGUUACCAAUGGAUCAGAUAUUUUGACCCACUCUGUCCAGAAUUCCACCAGUACAAGUCUGACGAAGCCCGGUCAACAGAUGAACUUUGACAUUACUAAUCUGUCAUCCAUCUGGAGUGUUGUAACGCAGGGUGAUGGAUUCAACUUUGGGGAUAUUAUUACCUUCACAAAGGAGAAUAUUGGCACUUUUGUUUCGGUCCUUGAGUCCAUCUGGCUGGUGUUGAAGGGCAACAUGAAUCUUGUGUUCACUGUUCUAACCUCGACCCUGUCACUCGUGUUCGGAGGUGGAACCGCUCUUCUCAACUUUGUGCUAUCAUCUGUGAUAUUUCUGACCACGCUGUUCUACCUCCUGGCGUCCAGUGGUGACCAGUAUAAGCCGGUGGAAUGGUUCUCGGGAAUGAGUCCAACAAUGGGAGGAAACACUUUCGGCCAGGCAGUGCAGGAUGCUGUUGGAGGUGUAUUUAUGGCGUCCCUGAAGAUGGCAGUGUUCUACGGCCUGUACACCUGGCUUACCCACUCCCUGUUUGGGGUCAACAUCGUCUUUAUACCUUCUGCUUUGGCAGCUAUUUUUGGAGCCGUACCUUUCGUUGGAACUUACCUGGCAGCAAUACCAGCAGUCCUAGAACUAUGGCUGGUACAAGACCGGUUUGUACUGGCCAUUGUGCUUCUGGUCAUUCACUUCCUGCCAAGCUAUGUUGUGGACACGGCAAUAUACAGUGAGAUUAAAGGUGGUCACCCAUACAUGACUGGCCUAGCCAUUGCUGGAGGCAUGUACUGGCUGGGGCUGGAAGGGGCCAUAUUUGGGCCCAUAAUCCUUUGCUGUCUGAUUGUUUUAGUCAAUGUUUACAGUACCAUGAUCCGACCAGAAUCACCGGGGAUUUUACAAAGGUCCCAUAGUGUUCUGUAGACGUUGUUAUCUUCUAAAGAUUACCUUGUUAUUUAUAACGAUUAAGUUGAAAUUAGUGCAAUAAUUGAAGAAUCUCACAAACGUUCGUCUGCAGAGGAGAUCUGUUUAUAAAUAAUGAAGUGCUACGUCAUGGAAAGUGCCAGCAGUGCUUGAAGAUAAACUGUUUGAUAUGUAUCCAGGGGUUAAACAAAUAUAAGUAAAUAGAACCUUAUUGUUAAUACUCCCCGACUGCUAAGAUAUUAAAAUAAUAUACUGGCACUAUUUAACAAUACUUCCAGCAUAAACUUUGUGUUUUCUUAUUAUAUGAGUAGUAUAAUUGCUUACUGUAUUACAAUGCAUGAAGUUGGGAAUGAAAGAGAAUAUGUUAUUCAUUUACUAGUAAGGGACCUUUUUUUUUUGCCUGGAAAUGGAGGUUUUUCUUGAAUAACUAAAGAAAUAUUAAGUACUUUCAAAUGAAAUUUCACAGGGAGAAAGAUAGGCCCCUGACCUCAAAAUCAUCAUGAUGAGAUUUAUAAUGUAUGCUUUUUGUAAGUACGAAUUCAUGUGUCAAACAUACUCAGUAAAAUCAACUGAAAUGAUAGUGUACUGUACUAAUAAUGUUGCCCACUUAAGGAAAUUAUAAUCAUUAAAACAAUCUGAAAAGUAUGUUUCUGAUUGACAACAAAAUAAGUUAUUUCUAUCUACUUUUUGUUUUGAUUAAACAAGUAUUUUGGUAAAUCUUUUCCAUUUUGUUGAGUGGUAAUCCCUGGCUGGAAAAAAUAUAUUUGUGCAACCUGGUUCAACUCUGACAGUAUGGUGGAUAAAAUGCUCAUUUUCAGGGAAAAAUAAUAGUUUUCAAGUUUGAAGUUUAGUUUGAACACAGUGUAUCCUUUGAAUGAAUCGCAAAACAUGGAUAGUACAGGUAUGGCAAAUAAUUUGUUUUGGUGAAAAAGUUUUCCCUGAAAAGUAUAUAAUUGUGAAAAAUGCAGAAAUAAAUGUUUGUUAUUUGGCUAGAUAUAUAUGUAAUACCUCAUGGCAAUAGGAAUGUUUAUAUGUAUAUGUAAAGCUUUUUAUAACUAUGGAUAGUUACGUAGUUGUUCCAUGUAUUAUAUUUUACCAUAAAAAACUGUAAAUGUAGCAGAAACGUUAAUAUUUUUAUUGAUGUUGAAGUUUUUUUAACAGGAAACUAAAAAACAUAUACCUAAAGUUCUCAAAGGUUUCUUAAAUUAUUUUCGCAUCAACAAAACAUUGUUAACCAUUCUAACCUCAGCUCUCUGAAAAGAAAUAUUGCGAUUAGCAUAAGCUUAGUUAAUCAAUAUUACUCCUGAAGUGUAGCCGAGAGUGUUUGUUAUGGUAUUAUUGUAUCAGUAUACUAGUGUGUCAAGCAAAGUUAAGGGUAAAGUUCUUACCACUGUUUUCUCUCAUCCAUGAUAUUAUAUUUUAAAAGGACUGAAAGAAAAGUUAAAGUUCAUUUAAUAUGUUGAACAUUCAUGAAAGUAUAAACAGAUAUUUUGCAAUACCAUUUAUUCAAAACAUGAAUGGGAUUAUGAAAUUGUUCAUAUACAUGUAUUGCAAUUAACUGAACAACCAAUACAAUACAAAUGAAUACAUGUAUAAUUAUAAUUAUAUGGAUACAUGUACAUAUACCACCUUGCUAUUUAUACUUAAAUUAGUAACCUUUAUUGCUUUGGAUUUUGGAAUGUUCUUUAAUUAUAUGUGUAACUAAUCAAUGUUCUAUAAUUAUAUGUGUAACUAAUCAAUGUUCUAUAAUUAUAUGUGUAACUUAUCAAUGUUAUAUAA